AUGUCGCUGGAACCUGACUGUGAACCCAACGCACCCACGAACCAUGCAUCCAGGACAGAGAAAAGAAGCUCGUCAUUCAGUGCGGGGGGUGGCAACAGUUCGUCAUCCAUAAUUAAAAAAGGAAGUUCACAAUCCAGCGCAGAGAGUAGUGGUAGCUCAUCACCCAGGGCGAAAAGUGAUAGUUCAUCAUCCAGCACAGCAAACGUUUGUUCACCAUCCAUAGCGAGGACUAGUGGCAGUUCAUCAUCCGGCGCGUAGAGUUGUGGUAGUUCAUCAUCCACCUCGGAGAGUGGUGGUAGUUCAUCAUCCACCUCGGAGAGUGGUGGUAGUUCAUCAUCCAGCGCGAUCAGUGGUAGUACGUCAUCCAGGACAAAAAAUGGUAGUCCGUCCACCACCGAGCGCGGUGGUAGUUCAUCAUCCGCCAAGGAAAGAGGUUGCAGUUCAUCAUCCAGCGCGGAAAGUGGUAGCAGUUCAUCGUCCACCGCGGGGAGUGGUGGUAGUUCAUCAUCCAGCACGCAACGUGGUAGCAGUUCGUCACCCAGCGCGAAGAGUGGUGGUAGUUCGUCAUCCAGCGCGGAGAGUGGUGGUAGUUCAUCAUCCAGCACGCAACGUGGUAGCAGUUCGUCACCCAGCGCGAAGAGUGGUGGUAAUUCAUCAUCCAGCACGCAACGUGGUAGCAGUUCGGCACCCAGCGCGAAGAGUGGUGGUAGUUCAUCAUCCAGCGCGAAGAGUGGUGGUAGUUCAUCAUCCAGCACGGGGGGUGGCGGUAGCUCGUAACCCAGCACGGAGGGUGACGGUAGCUCGUAA